AUGAAAUCUGUGGGGACUAUCAACUGCUCCAAACCCACUUCAGAUGCUCUUUUAGUUGCCCUGAAGGACAGCAUCUUGGAUAAAACUGAUGUGAGGCCAGUUUAUUACCAGAAAACUCCCACCAACAUCAGUAUGAGCUUCACUCUGUAUGGCAUUUUAGGUGUGGAUGAAAAAGCUCAAAUAUUUGAUUCAUUCAUUUGGGUGUAUUUGUUUUGGAAUAUUGAAGGCUUGAACUGGGAUCCUGUUGAAUGUGGAACAGAUAAAAUCUCACUGCCAAGAAAAAAACUGUGGAUGCCUGAUGUUGUGAUUAAUGAAUUCAUGGAUGAAAGUAAAUCCCCAGACGCACACUACCUCUAUGUUGAUCAUACUGGUUGGGUAAUGGAUGAUCUUCCCAUUCAUGUGAUCAGUUCCUGCAACAUGGACAUCUACACCUUUCCAUUUGAUAUUCAGAACUGCACAUUCACCUUUAGUUCAUACAAGCUCACUGCAGUGCAUCUUCAAUUGUUCUUUGUUGAACCAGUGGAGGAAACACUUCAGAAUUCUUUAUCUGUGAUGAAAACUAUAGGAGAGUGGGAGCUUGUCGACAUGCAUGCUGAGAAACCUCCGAUACUUCCUGAAGAGCUAAAUGUUACUUACGAUGCACUCAUUUACCAUGUAUGA